CUAUAUUAUUUUAUUGGACGUACAUACCAACUGCAUUGUUAUCAACUUUUCAUUCAAAUAGCAUUUUAUUUUUCAAGAAAUUUUAUAUGAAAUAUAAUAUGAAUAUUGGUUAAACACUCAAAAAAUUGGAAAUAAACUUAUAAAAUAUAAAAGAAUGAUAUUGAUAUUAUAUCCUAUUUUAAUGGGUAAACCAUUGAUAUAUGCCUCAAUCUCGACCUGCACCAUCUCUUAGCGCCUGCUUAUAAUGAAUAACGUCAAGAACGGGCCAGGCUCCGUCUCCCGCCCCAAAAUGGUUCGUCAGUCCUCAAUCAAGAACCCUUUACCCUCCAUGAUGCAGCCGCCAUCUCUUCAUCUGGGGGCAGUGGUUGGGGGCGCGCGCUAUCCCCGAGUUGCCAUGGUCGGGAGUGGAUCUGGUGGGGGAAGCAAUAAGACUACUGCCCCACCUCCUACUUACACAGGUGAGAAGCGGGCCCGCAUGGUGGCUAAAACUAAUCGGAAGUGGGUUAGGAUCGCCACUGUAAUGGUUUAUACUCUGGCGGUCAGUCUUGCUGCCAUCAUAUUAGCUCUCUAUUACACGCUCGUAUGGGAUCCGUACAACGUUAGAAAUUAUCAACAAUCAUCGUCUUCAUCGCUAUUGUCCCAGUCGAAUCACCUUCCCCUCUUCAAUUUUUCCUAUUUCAAAAGCGGGGCAAACGAGUCUAACCCACUUACUGAUAAGAAAGAUUCUUCUUAUUCCUCUCAAUCGACACAUUUUUCGAAAACAAAUAGCACCAUUAUAAAUAAGUCAGCUGAUGUUAUUUGAAUAUGAUAGAACACUGUGUGAAUUGGAACAUAGAAUUUUAACCUUUAUUUGCUCUCUUAUUAAUUUCUUUUUUAAACAUUUAAAUUGUAAAAUAGAUAACUGCUACAAAGAUGUCCUAUAUUUACUAAAAAGAUUAUAUUUACGGUGCCAGGCGUUAUUUGAAUAUUUGACAUUUACAUUUCGUGCAAUAUUAAAAAUCCAAAAACAUUUAUAAUAUAAUAUAAAUUCUCCACUUUUUAAGAAUUAAUC